AACGGAAAGGAAGAGGAAGGGCAGAGAACCAUGGCAGGUCUGCUUGCUCUGCGCAGCUGUAUAGGGAGGAAGAACUUGACAACCGCGACUGGCUGCUUCACGGAUCGCGCAACUCACGCGGUUUCUGUGCCAUGGAGAAGAUGUUUUUCACAGUAUGAACAGGUAACCAGCAAUGAAGACCUGCCAAUCCCAAUGGAAAACCCCUAUAAAGAGCCUCUUAAGAAGUGCGUCUUGUGUGAGAAACGUGUAGAUUACAAGAAUGUACAGCUUUUGUCCCAGUUUAUUUCUCCAUUUACCGGAUGCAUUUACGGAAGGCACAUAACAGGUCUUUGUGGGAAGAAGCAGAAGGAAGUGACUAAAGCCAUUAAGCGAGCUCAGAAAAUGGGGUUUAUGCCAGUUACAUACAAGGAUCCGGCAUAUCUCAAAGACCCUAAAGUUUGCAACAUCAGAUACCGAGAAUAAAUUUUGUAAAGUUCCUGCCAAUAAGCCUGGGAGUGCUCUUGUCAGCAGACUCGGCUCAUCUGAGUAGACGUGUCUUUCUGUGGGUUAGGAUGAAUUAGUCCACCCCAAUGAAUGCGCUAGGCAGUGCUUCUGAUGGUAAUGGAUACUGUACACUUUGGUAAAGUGAUUCCUCAGGGUUGUCACAACUUAUAGUACAGAUUAUGGAAGGAGAGGGCUUCUAUUAGAAUCCCAACCCAGAGCAGAUUCUGUUCUUAUGAUGGGAUGGUUUUAGGGGAAUGGUUCUAGAAAGUCAGAGUGUUUGUUUGAAUCCCACGUUAACGGCUGUGGCAUUAAAUUUGCUUGGAGUC